UUUGCUGUAAAUCGCGACGUUAAUACUUAAUACUCUUUCAUGCUGUAAGAUCCGGAAGCAGGCAGAUACACACUCACGCAGACUCGUGAUCGCCAUCUUCAUUUACAGUGAGGACGAGCUGUCGCGACGCUUUAUGUCCUCAUGGAACACCGUCUACGUCCGCAUUGACGGCCUGCUACAGUACGGCAAGGUCAUCAACAAGUUAGACAACGGCCUGAUCAUUGAUUUCCAGUGUGCUCCACAACGCGCGCAGUUUGUGGAAUACGGGCGCGUUUUUCGCCCAUGGGAAUCGUUUACACCGCAGGACACACGUCCGGACUCUAAUAUACAGGCUCUCCUGCUAGUGAGUCCUGAUAGGCCGUGGACAUGGUACCCCGGCAAGAAGGUAUCUCUUAGUAGCGAUGGCUAUUUCGCCAGCGUAUGCCUGGUGGAGGUGCAGCAGCCCCACGGCGUCGUCAAAGAACUGUUGCCCUGGGAACAAGUGCAUCGACCGCCCUCGGAUACCCAGUUGAUCAAUCGCGGCGUGUGGGAGGAAGAUUUCCUUAUCCGAGGCUGCCCCUUGCCGGCGGGUUGGUUAGGCGCAUCGCCAGAACAUCGCGAGGCCUUCCUCUCCAGUCUGCCCCGGGCUUCAAACGUUCUCGUCGUUUCGGUGCUCAGCAACGCGCUGGUUUACGUACAGCCACGCUGCGGUGGGCUACUUCCGUCUUCACUGGAGCAGCUGUUUGACAGCUUACGGAACCAGAUCGUUCCGCCUCCGAUUGCGGCUGAAAGACGCGAGGAAACCCGUCAGACCAUUGUUUGUGCUGAUGCACUAGUUCAAUCGUUACCCAGCGAGUUGUUAGUGGAAAUCUUGCAUUCGCUGGACAGUAUUAGCCGCGUCCGUUGUCGGCGCACAUGCCCGCGUUGCGAUGCUCUUCUCACCACAGACGGCUGCAAGCCGCCGGUGUUCUGGGCGUUAACGUGUCUCUUGCACUGUGUCAACAGCCUCACGACGACGGUUGUGCUGCUGCACAUGGACAUGAGCAAAUGCCGUGAUGCUGUCACCAUUCUUCGCUACAUUCUUGGCCACAGUCGCCGCAUCGGGACGCUGGUAUGCUGGGCGUAG